GUCACAGUGUCCUGGGAUAAGAAGAUGGUGGCCUGGGACCUGGAGACCGGACUCACUCUGUGGAAAUUGAGGCAGCUCGGCCUGCUGACCUCCUGCAGCUCCUCGUCCGACGGCCGGCUGGUCGUUUGUGCUGUAAAUCCUCAGAAUGGCGUUUCCGUCUGCGACGCCGCCAGCGGACAGAUGUUGCACCACGUCAGCGAUCUUCACCGCUCCUGCAUCACUCGAUGUCGGUUCGACCCUCAGAGCCAGCGAGUGGCCACCGUCUCUGCAGACCGCAGCAUCAAACUGUGGGACCUGCGGGCGCAGAAAACCACCGUGUCCAUCGACAGUAACCAUGGAAACGUCGUCUCAGCCUGCUGCUUCACCAGCAACGGGCACUUCCUGUGCACGGCGUCGUGGGACAAGACGCUGAAGCUGUGGGACCUGCAGGCGGGGGGGUUCCGAUCUCACGGCGGGACGCCGCUGCAGGGAGGCCACGCAGGCAGCGUGAGUGCCUGCUGCCUCGCCGCUGCUGACGCGAACCUCCUGGUGUCCGCCUCCUACGACAGGACUGUUGCUCUCUGGGAUUUGUCGUCUCUCUCUCAGACUCUCGUGCUGAAGGGCCACAGUGAUUGGGUGACAGAUGUGUCAGUGAGUGCUGACAGGAAGUUGGUGGCUUCUUCCUCCAAGGUUCACAAGUAUUUUCCCUCACAGUCCCGGCCCGAAGUUUUUGCUCCUUGAGCUUUUCUUUCUUUCUUUUUUUGUCCUGUCUUUCUCCCCUCACCCUCACCGUGCUCACCAUCUCUGACCCUGGGUCUGCUGGAGGUUUCUUCCUGUGAAAAUGUAGUUUUUCCUUCCCACU